CAACAGAGAUUUGUUGUCUUGCAGUUCUGGAGGCCAGAAGUCCAAGAUGAAGGUGUGGGCAGAGUUGGUUUUCUCUGAGGCCUCUCUCUUUGGCUGAUCGGGGGCCUGGUCCUGUCAGUGGGGAUCUAUGCAGAGGUCGAGAGGCAGAAAUACAAAACCCUGGAAAGUGCCUUUCUGGCCCCGGCCAUCAUCCUCAUCCUCCUGGGGGUUGUCAUGUUCAUCGUGUCCUUCAUCGGCGUGCUGGCUUCCCUUCGCGACAACCUGUGCCUUCUCCAAGCGUUUAUGUACAUCCUUGGGAUUUGCCUCAUAAUCGAGCUCAUUGGUGGCGUGGUGGCCUUGAUCUUCCGGAACCAGACCAUCGACUUUCUGAAUGACAACAUUCGAAGAGGAAUCGAGAACUACUAUGACGAUCUGGACUUCAAAAACAUCAUGGACUUUGUUCAGAAGGAGUUUAAGUGCUGUGGCGGAGAAGACUACCGAGAUUGGAGCCAAAACCAGUACCACGACUGCAACGCCCCCGGACCCCUGGCCUGCGGGGUGCCCUACACCUGCUGCUUCAGGAACACGACAGAAGUUGUCAACACCAUGUGUGGCUACAGAACUAUUGACAAGGAGGUAAUGUCUUUGAAAUCUCUUUCCUCCAGAAAGGCUGCCCUUCCUGUCCCAUCUCCAGGGUGA